CUAUGGGAACCGAACCGCCGCCCGGGAGCUGCGUCUCGGUGGAUUUCCGGAUCUUGGGUGUGGGGGACGAGGUUGGGGCUUCCAAACCCCUGGAAGACGACGGCUGGGGACCGAGUGUGGGUGUUCGGGUACCAUCCAGUCAAGGGACCAGUGCGGGUGUGAGGACCUUAGACUGCAGCUGGGGAGCAUAGGGUUUCGGAUGGGGGCUGUCCGAAGUUCAGUCGUGAAAACUGCAGGAACAUCUGAUGAUUUGGUACAAGGCCCCAGAAAGCCAACAAAAGGAGGGCCGCUCGUGCCGUUCCAAAUACCCACUAGCCUCGGGGGUCUGCCUCUUUUGUCUGAAGACAUCAGAAUGAAGGUUGAGUUUUGGCUUGUGAACUAACUUGCCCUGUUCCGGAGAGCUGGCUUUCCUUCCCCUAGAUGGUUGAUUCUGGGAUAGGUUAGGGAUGAAGGGUUUAGCAACUGUGGCAUUCUCUAGAGCCCCGCUUAGCACUGUCUCAGAGGUAAGCUGUGUCAGUGAGAGAACUGGAUUUAUUUAUGGGUGAUAACGUUAUUUUGUGCAGGUUACAGUAAUCAGGUAGUGUAAAGUGUAUUGAGUUUUGCAUUAGGAAAGAUGUAGGUUCAAACCUGUUGUGAUAUGAUUGUUAACCUUGUCUAUGGGCAAGUGUGAUGUUGUACAUAAUCCCAGAACUCAGGAAGAAGUAGCAGGAGGCUCAGGAGUUUGAGGCCAGUCUGGGCUGCAUCACAAGACCCUGUCUCAAAGCAAAGGGCUAAGAACAUUGACUGUGGGACUGGAUCUUUGUUCUCCUGCAUACUAAUUGCACAUUCACUCUCACUCUCUUCCACAAGGACCAAGCUGUAAACUGUUUGUACAUUUUUAUUGAUGCUGGAACACUUGGAUGCUGCUUUUCUGUCGGUUCUGACAGUUCCCAAGGAUGGGACAGAACGCUUCAGUUACACCACUAGCUUAAUUAUUUUCUUAUUAAGUUGUCUUUCCAGUUCUUUCCUUUGUCAGGGGCUAGGUAGGGCCAAAGGCCCUUCCAGAUCCUGUGGACAGAAGGAAGAACACUGAGCUUUUGUUCCCUGCCAGGGCCAUUCUUGGCAAGGCCAGCAAUGGUCUGGUGCCAAGGCUCUGGGGGGCCGAGGCCAGGGCCCAGAGAUCGACGGUUCCAUGUAAAGUUGUAGUUAAAUAUUACAGACCCUGAGAUACGAAAUAUUUUGCUUACUGUACCAGAAUGUACCUUGCAAAAGAGGAGCUAGAGUUCCCUGUAAUUCUCCUGCUGGGGAACUUCACUGAUUUGUUUUCUGCCUCCCCAUUUGAGGGGUAUGUAAAGAGCUGUGAUACUAAUAAACUGGCUGGCUUGACUCAUCAGCCCUCACAGCCCUCCUGACCCCCGCUUUGGACUUUAUUUUUCUCCUCUCUGGUCUGCCCCCUCAGAGUCCCAGUGUGAACCCAGGAAGAACAGGUGGUCUAGUUCGCCCUCUCUCAUUUUCCUUCCAAAGGUCUCUCUUUGACCUUUAACCCAAUAGCUACCUCUUCUUUUUUCUAGCUUCCCAUUGGGAUCCUCAUCAUUGUCUAAGAGUACUAUGCAUAUUGUAUGGCAGUAUUUGGUCCCUCCCAUCACAUGUGCCCUUUGGCAGUGCCAGGAAAAUUUCCACACUCCAGCAGCCAAUCACUGUUCUUAUUGUGGAGGAGAACACAUUCCUGGGGGGUUAUUAUGUAAGAAACCGUUGGGAUUGGAUUGUCAGCAGUUACCCAGUCCUGUCCUUUCCUCUGCUGCUACCUCUGCUCUGAACUGAGCUCUCAACUCUCAACAUCAGCAGGAUGCUAAGCUACUUCUUCCUCAUGAAGGCACUUCUUGCUCUUGGGUCCCUGACGUCCUGGGUAACUGCAGGAGAGCACGAAUUAGGUGGUGGAUGUCCUGCUGACCCUCUUCCAUGUGAGGAGCUGUGUGAUGGGGACACAUCUUGUCCCCAGGGACACAAAUGCUGCAGCACUGGCUGUGGCCACGCCUGCCGAGGAGACAUUGAGGGAGGACGGGAUGGUCAUUGUCCCAGAAUUCUAGUGGGCCUGUGUAUUGUCAACUGCAUGGUGGAUGAGAACUGUCAGCCUGGGGAAAAGUGCUGCAAGUCAGGCUGUGGCCGCUUCUGCGUCCCCCGACUUCACCUGCCCACAGACUCCAACUUCACCAAUGGGUCUACAUCUGAAUCAGAAUUUCAAGCACCCUAGCUGUUCUGACUUGUCUGGAAUCUUCUGGAAGCCAAGAAGGGGUGAUGUCCUGGGCUUGUGACACUCCCACAGAUAUCAGGCCUUCUCCUCUUUGCUUCUGCUGCCUGGAGCACACAGAACAGCCCUGGGGACAGGUGCUUCUCUUUCCCAAUAAAAGACUGGCAUGGA